AUGUCACGAGCCCAAGAGAUCGCAUCGGCCUUGCUCGCUACCACCGAGAAGGACAUUAUCCCUCUCACAGCCCGUCAAGUGUCGCAAGGCUGCAAGCUGUUUGGAGCGGCUAUCCUCGACCGAGCCUCCUUAUCGACCGUGAUCGCCGAGACCAACAACGAGCGAGAAUCACCCCUGCUGCACGGCGAGAUCAAUUGCAUCCAGCAGUUUUUCAAGAUCCCCAAGGACAGCCGGCCUGAGACGAAGGACUGCAUCUUCUUCGCCACGCACGAGCCAUGUUCGUUAUGCUUGAGUGGGAUCACCUGGUCCGGGUUCAAUGAGUUCUACUACAUGUUCACAUACGAGGACAGUAGAGAUCUGUUUGCAAUUCCAUAUGAUAUCGAUAUCCUCAAAUCUGUCUUCCAGGUCCCGGCGCCCGGUGAGACGGAGGAGACACUGGCUGAGAAACCGCUGUACAAUCGCCAGAACAAGUUCUUCAAGGCCCAGUCUCUCGCGGAUUUGAUCGAGUCUAUCGAAGACGGAGCAGCCAGGGAGAAACUGAAGGGCGAGUUGCAGCGGGUCAGGAAGAUGUAUGAUGACCUCAGCGCAACGUACCAGGAAGGGAAGAAGGCGGGUACGGCAACGAAUAGCGUCUUUGAAUGA